AUGAGUACUGAAGGAAUAACGAAUAUACAAUAUGUAUAUACAGUUUGGCAGACAUUGAAUAGAACAGAACCAACUAUCAAUAACAUAGUGUUUGAUGGACAUACAGCUGUCAUUCAUUUGACACAGAAUAUUUCACCGUGUAUAUUUCCAUCGUUUAUUCAUUUUCAAGUGCCUUCCAUCACAACUCUACAUUUUAGGGAAACAGCCGGCAUUCCAUCACCGCCCCCCUAUGAUCAUAGCUACCGAGAGGGAGGAGAAGGAGGCAUCAUAAAAAUAUAUAAACAAGAAGAUAGUUGGACACUCGAAGGCUUACUUCAAUCUGUCCCACUGAUCUCUUACUGGUAUAACCAUAUUCUUCGACUUCUCAUGGGGAAAAUUGUCACUGCUACCGGUGAUCUACUGGAUGCCGCCAUACAACAAGCGGAACGACUCACAAUAAGAGGGCAAGAAAUACAGCAAAUGGGGAGGAAUAUGGCGAUAGACAAUAUUGAAAAGAUUGAGGAAUAUAGAACUGAUUUACAAGAGAAUUAUAUACGAGGGUUGAAACAAUGGCGAUUGCAACAAGAGCAGCAGCAGCAAUUACUACUAACGGAACCUGAAGAGAGAAGCCUACUUUUAGAUGAUAUACAUAUGAACUGCAAUAAGGAAGGACAUCUUGAAGGAUGUCCAUGUCAACAGCAGCAUCAACUGGGACAACUGCUACCUACAUUACCUUAUACCGAUUCUGAUGCUACUUCUUCUAGAUUCAGGUCGGAAGAGAGUAUUGAUUAUCAAUAUAGAAGCGGUAGAGGUUUAUUUAGAUAA